UGCGCUGACGCUGGGAUGUGCAUGGCGCAGCAGCAACAGUGAAGAAGGAAGAGAACACUUGGAUUAUCACUGGCUGCGGAUGUUUCUGGGAGUAAUCAAGACGCCGUGAAAUGUGCGUGUGAAAUGAUAUCGCCCUGGACAUCGUGGACAACUCUCAGUGGCCCAUUAAUGACUAAAAGGAGGACGAGUGCGAGGAGAAGCUGCUGCUGCUUUCAUAAACAUUUCUUUAGGACUCAUAACAACCUCUGAGCUUCUCCUCCACGCUCAACACCCCGACUAAACUGUACUGUGCACCUGACAAUGGCUGGAGAAGGUAACGCGGAUAUAGAGCGUCUGGCUUGGAUCGCCAGACUCCGAGAGGAACACGAGAAGGUGGUGAAGGACUGUGAUAGUCGGAUUCAACACUGGAAGAAGGUGUCAGGUGAUUAUGAAGCCCUCAAUGAUCGACUCAGCUCUCUUCCUGAUAAACUAUCCUAUGACAUCAUGGUGCCGUUCGGCCCUCUGGCCUUCAUGCCUGGCAAACUUGUUCACACCAAUGAGGUCACGGUGUUGCUCGGAGACAACUGGUUUGCGCAGUGUUCGGCAAAACAGGCUCAGAAAAUAGUCGAUCACAGGUUAAAUUAUGUGAAGAAGGAAGUGGAUGGCUUGGUCAAGACAAGAAAGAACUUUGAAGCCAGAGUUGGGAUGACAAAGGAUUGGGAAACGGAUACAAAAGACAACUAUGUUGACAUCAGAGAAGAUGUGAAUAACAGUGACAUCGUCUCCAAUAAAGGAAAGCAGAGAAUCGCCCACAAGCCGAACUCGAAGCCUAAACUUGACGCUGUGCUGGAUUUGGAGGAGGAAGAGGAGAAAGACGACGGUCAGAAAGGCAGUAGAAACGGCAUCAUGAGUGAGGAAGAGUUGUGGGCUCGACUGGACGAGCUGGAGAAACAGGAGGAGCUGGAGGAUGAACAGGAGCGAUUGCCUGACAACGGAGGCACCAAUGGUGAGGACACGUCGUCCUCGUCCUCCGAGGAAGAGAAGGAGCGAGAGUCUUCUUCCACAGUGAAUGGACUGAGUCUGAAACCCAGCUGGAGUUUGGUGUCGAACAGCGAAGCGUCACAUGACGGCGACACCAAGGAGGAAGACCUGGAUGGGGACGACGCCGACUGCUUACCAACUAUCUAUUUCUCUCACACAGUUGAACCCAAGAAGGUGAGGAUCAACACUGGGAAGAACACCACCCUGAAGUUCAGUGAGAGGAAAGAACAGAAGGAGCAUUCGAAGAAGAAGAAGAAGAACGGUCACUGCAACGGUCAUCACGAGCAUCACAGAAUCACGACGCCUGCUGACAUCUACAGGUUGUUCGUGGACGUGAGGAAUGGAGAGCCUGUACCGAGGAAGUCCAUCCUCAAGUCCCGCAGUCGGGAGAACAGCGUGUGCAGCGACACGAGCGAGAGCAGCGCCGCAGACUUCGAGGAGCGCCGGAUGGCCGUCCGGAGCUUCAGUCACGACGAGGCCACGCACAGCGACACCAGUGAUGGGAUCACAGAAGAGGACAGUCCCACCGCGGUGCCUCUGCUUCCCACCUCCAGGUUUGAGGCGUUCUCAGGCACCGUUGUUGAGAAGGAGCCGAUGCCCACCAUGGUCCCACACCUGACCAUUUCUCCACCAGCACUGCCCACCAUCCUGGAGAGGAAGCAAGAAGAGUUGGCGUCGGACGUCGUCCCGCCUCAGCAGCCGACGAAGCGUGUGUCAAAGUUCAAAGCUUCCCGGUUACAGCAAAAGUGACGCUUCCACAUCUGCUUAUAGAUAGAUGGACAGCUUCUGUUUGCUCCUGUUUUUGUACGUUUCUCUUUCUUACUCCUGUCACUGCCAUUCGAACAAGAUCCCAUGACUUUCUGUUUUCCUCUUCUUAGUUGGUCAUUUAGCCGAAUCAUGCGCUGACUUGAUGUUGUUCGAACCAGCUUCUUGUAACCCUGAUGACAAGAUUCAUGCCAGGUGAAAUAAAUCAUUUUUGAGUACACAGUACUUUGUAUA